CAUUUGUUUUUAGGGGGAAGGUAAAUAGAAAGCGCUACAGGAAGUUGUUGUCAGCAUUACCACUGCAGUCAGUACUAGUUAGAAAUAUGUGCUCCCUGUAGUCUUUUAAAGCCGUAAACCUUUGAAAAUAACUCUGGAGGAGGCCGUCGCAUUGUUGGAACUCUAUUUAGUUGUCAUGAUAAUUUCAUUUUCGUGGGCUGUUUAUUUUAUAUUCGUGUCGAAGCCGGUGCUGGGGAAAAAUUAGCUAGCGUAACGAUAGAAAUGGGUCGAUGACAGAGACUGCAGCGGAAGAGUUUGGCCGAACGAAGCAGCGAGAUGGAUUUCUCUAAAUUCCUGGACGAUGAUUUCGACGUGAAGGACUGGGUGAAUGGUGCCUUCAAGGUGGUGCAGAAGGACGCGCCGGGGAAGGCAGACGCACACGCUGCUACACUGGUCAUGAAGCUGCAGGUCUUCAUCCAGGAAGUCAACAAUGCUAUCGAAGAGAGCAGUAACCAAGCCCUUCAAAAUAUGCCCCGAGUGCUGAGAGAUGUGGAGGCUUUGAAACAGGAGGCCUCCUUUCUAAAGGAGCAAAUGGUCAUGGUUAAAGAGGACAUCAAGAAAUUUGAGCAGGAGACAGUGCAGUCCAUGCAGGUCCUGGUGGAGAUAGAUCAGGUGAAGAGUCGAAUGCAGCUGGCAGCUGAAGCGUUGCAGGAAGCAGACAAAUGGAGCACACUGAGUGCAGACAUUGAGGAGACCUUCAAAACACAGGACUUUAAAGUAAUUUCUUCUAAGCUAACCAGCAUGCAGAACAGUCUGGCCAUGCUAGUGGACACACCAGACUACUCUGAUAAGUGUGUUCACCUGGAGGCUUUGAAAAACAGACUGGAGGCCAUGGCCAGCCCACAGAUAGUAGCAGCGUUUAAUUCCAUGUCUGUAGACCAAGCCAAGCUGUUUGUUAAAGUCUUCACAGAGAUCGACAGAAUGCCGCAGCUUCUUGCGUACUACUACAAGUGUCACAAGGGCCAGUUGCUGAGUAUAUGGCAGGAUCUCUCCCAGAGCGAGCUCAAUCUGAAUCAGCAGCUGUCUGAAUUCUACGACACCUUGCUCUCCACUUGGCACGGCCAAAUACAGUGGAGCAGCCAGGUGUUCAAGAAGCCUUAUGAAGUGGUGACAGUGUUGUUGAUACAGUCUCUGGGGGCCAUGGUGCCAUCCAUACCCGUGUGCUUGAGCACGGCCAUGGAGCGGGCAGCCCAAGAGGAGCGUCUGGGGACUCUGCUGGAGCUCCAUCACACCACGUCCACCUUUGGACACAACCUUGAAGCAGCCAUGCUGCCACACCUGGGUGAACAUAACCUCUUGAAGCUGAGUGAGCUGGUCUGUGCGCUGUAUGAUCCCUAUAAAUCUUAUCAGCUACAUUAUGGAGAUCUGGAGGAAGCUCACCUUCUCAUCCAGAUCAGCGCCGUGCCUUUGGAACAUGGGGAGGUAAUUGAUUGCGUAGAAGAGUUGAGCCACUCGGUAGGCAAGUUGUUUGGCCUGGCUGGUGCUGCUGUGGACCGCUGUGUCAGACUGACUGAUGGACUUGCAGUGUGUGGCCUCCUCAAAGCUCUCAAAGCCCUCUUCACCAAGUAUGUGUCAGACUUUUCCACAACACUCCAGUCGAUCAGGAAGAAGUGUAAGCUUGAGGACACACCAAGUUCAUCGGUUUUCCAGGAGGACUGGACGGCUUUCCAGAACUCAGUCAGGAUCAUUUCCACAUGUGGAGAGUUGCUUAGACAAUGUGGGGCCUUUGAACAACAGCUGUCAAACAAGAUCCUGGCCACGGCAGGUAAGUACUUGUCAGAGUCGUACAGCCCACGCAGCCUGGCAGGCAUCCAGGAGGCCACUUCCACAGAAAGGAAGAGUGCCACCAAAAACCCUUGGCAAGAAUACAACUACCUUCAGAGGGGAAAUGUGGCUGAAUACAACAAUCUGAUGGAACUUCUUUACUCGUUAAAGGAGAAAGGCACAGGUAACUCCAACUUGUUAGCAGAGCCUAGGACAGCUCUGACCAGACUCAAUCAACAGGCCAACCAGCUGGCCUUUGACUCGGUCUUCAUGCAGAUCAAGCACCAGCUCUGCCUCGUCUCCAAGAUGGAGAGUCAAGAAUCACCUGGUCUUGGAGAGAGCUACACGGAGGACCUGCCUAAUUUCAGCCUGUCACCCCAAGAGUACAUCACUAAUAUAGGACAGUACCUGAUGUCUCUCCCACUCCACUUGGAGCCUUUUGUGACACAAGAGGACCCGGCUUUAGAGAUGGCCUUACAUGCUGGGAAGCUGCCUUUCCCUCCAGAGCAAGGUGAUGAGCUUACUGAGCUGGACAACACAGCAGACUACUGGUUGGGCUCCAUUGCUCGGGCAACCAUGCAGACCUACUGUGAUGCCAUUUUACUGAUCCCCCAGCUGAGCACUCAUUCCACUAAACAACUGGCCACGGAUAUCGACUAUCUGAGUAACGUGAUGGACGCCCUGGGCCUGCAGCCGUCUCGCACCCUGCAAAAUAUCGUAACUCUACUUAGGACUAAACCACAAGACUACAGACAGACCGCCAAGCUGUUGCCUCGACGACUGACGUCCACUAUCGCUGCACUUCGGAGCAUCGACUACUAAGAGAAAAGCAAAAGGACUCGAUAGGUUGCAUGGCUUCAAGGGCGGCCCUGGGGACGUCCUGUGCUGUAAACAAACAGAAGAAUGUGAUGUUAAUAUCAGCUGGUUUACAUGUUACAGUUCCCCUAAUAUCAUAGUGACUAAUCUCGCUGACAGCUGCAGCAUUUAAAGACGUUUGUGUCUAAAUAUGGCAUUUAUGGGACGAGAUUCAAAUAAGGGCAGGUCUGACCUUUUUUUUUAUUUUAUUUUAUUUUAUUUUCAUUUUUUUUAACUGAUUAAUGUUUGUGAGUUUGAAAUGAUGAUGUCUCACCAGUGAUGAUGCCUUCAAGUGGAACCAAAAGGGGAAUGUGUCUUGACUUGUCAUUUUUCACUUCUGCAUUUAUAAGACGGGGGCAGCUUCAGAGCAUUUAAAUCUACUUAAACAAGUCUGUCAUGCUAAUGAAUAAAUCGUAAUUAUUAAAUUAUAUUUAGGUAAUAAUAGUGACAAACUUUAUUCAUUUCUGGUAAUUUAACUUUGAAAAUAAGGGAGAAAGUGAUCUGUUGAGGUUGUGGGUGGGCUGAACUGGUGACAUGGUUAAUAUUUUUACAUGCAGUAUGGUGGAAACGUGUAUAUAAAACAUGGAUGUAAACACUGUAGUGUGGCUAUGUGU